AUGUCUGGAAAUGGCGAUGAUGAACCCGUCCCUUACGCCCAGUACCUCAAGUCCAUCCUGGAGAAGGGCAUCCUGCUGGGCACGCCACCCGUGGUAACCACCAAUCCCAACAGCCUCGAGGAGCAAGCCAAAAAGAUCAUGCCCAAGAAGGGGUGGGAAUACAUCAAAGGUGGCGCCGGAGAAGCUUCCACAAUGGAUGCUGAUAGAUUGGCCUUUCGGCAAUGGAAGAUUGUGCCCAGAGUGUUGACGCCUACCACACCUCGAGACCUGAGUACUACUCUGUUUGGCGAGAGAUACGAUACACCCGUCCUCAUGGCCCCCAUUGGAGUCCAGUCAUGGUACCACGACGACAAAGAAAUCGGAACAGCAACCGCCUGCGCCAACCUCCGCGUCCCAUUCACCCUCAGCACAGCAGCCUCCACAAACAUCGAGGAACUCGUCGAAAAGGUACCCCAGGGCCCCAAAUGGUUCCAGCUCUACUGGCCGCUCGACGAAGAAAUCACCGCCUCCAUCCUCAGCCGCGCCAAGACCAACGGCUUCAAAGUCCUCGUCGUCACCCUCGACACCUGGACGCUCGCAUGGAGGCCCUACGAUCUGGACCCGGCGUCUGUGCCCUUCAUCGUCGGAGAAGGCGACGAGGUGGGCUUCAACGACCCCGUCUUCCGUCGAAAGUUUGCUGAGCGCACGGAUGGCGAGACCCCCGAGGAGAGCAAGGUGCAGGCGGGCAUGUACUGGUGCAGCGAGGUGUUUCCCGGCGUAAGUCGCAGCUGGGAAGAUUUGAAGAUUCUGAAGAAGUACUGGGACGGACCCAUUGUUUUGAAGGGCGUGUUGAGCGUCGAGGACGCCAAGUUGGCUGUGCAACAUGGCAUGGACGGGGUGAUUGUCAGUACGCAUGGGGGCAGACAGCUGGAUGGCGCGGUGGGAUCGUUGGAUGUUCUGCCGGAUAUUGCGGACGCUGUGGGCGACAAGAUUACGGUUAUGAUUGACUCGGGGAUUCGGACGGGCGCGGAUGUGCUCAAGGCUGUUGCGCUGGGUGCGAAGGGGGUGUUUUUGGGGAGGCCGGUGGUGUAUGGGCUGGGGAUUGAUGGUGCUGCGGGUGCAGAGGCGGUUAUUGCUGGUAUUUUGGCGGAUUUUGAUCUCACCAUGGGCUUUUCGGGGGCGAAAACUAUUGGAGAUAUUAAGAGGUCGUUGUUGAAGAAGGUUUCUUAUCCUGGUGAUGUCAAAGCCAACUUGUGA